CAUAGUAGACACAUGACACAGACUAGUCUCCAACAAUCAUACAGAAAUUACAAAAGCGGGAGAGGAUAAAACAGAGAUUUGGGACUUCCGCUCAGCUCGGCCCUUUCCUGUUCGGCUCGUGUGGUUGAAGCGGCGAUCUCGGACGCCGGGUCUCUCGUUUUCAUCGCAUAGACACCUCUACUGCAAAGAUGGUCAACGUACCUAAAACCUGGAGGACUUUCUGUAAGAAAUGUGGCAAGCAUCAGCCUCACAAAGUGACCCAGUAUAAGAAGGGCAAGGAUUCCCUGUACGCCCAAGGAAAGCGGCACUACGAUCGGAAGCAGAGUGGUUACGGUGGGCAGACAAAGCCAAUUUUCCGAAAGAAGGCCAAAACCACAAAGAAGAUUGUGCUCAGGCUUGAGUGUGUCGAGCCCAACUGCAGAUCCAAGAGGAUGCUGGCCAUUAAGAGGUGCAAGCAUUUUGAACUGGGAGGAGACAAGAAGAGAAAGGGCCAGGUGAUCCAGUUCUAAAACUUGUGUUUUCUGAGAGGAAAAUACUGAAGCAGUGGGAAAAUUCCCUGUUAGAAAAUAAAGUUAUUGUUACUGAAAAACAAAACAAAACAAAACAAAACACAGAUUUGGGGUUUGCCCCUUUUUUUCUAAGAUAAAGCUCCAGAAGCCCUUGGACUCUUCACAGUGAUGAAAGAAUCCUUAGUUUGAUAAGAGGACUAAUGGCUGGGAGCCCCAGAUAGCUUCAAGAUGGGGACUAAGGUAUGCUAACUAACAGGACUGGGACUCACGCCUCUACCUCCGGAGAGGAGAAAGGGCCUGAAAGUUAGUGACUCCCUGUGGCCAGUGACACAAUCAAUCUGCCUACAUAAUGAAGUCUUCAUCUGAGGAGACCGGUGCUGGGAGCCUCUGGCCAGCUCAACACUGGAGGCACUUGGAGGGCAGAGUACAUGUCUGAAAAUGACCAGAAAGUUCCAAGAAUGUUAAUUUGGUGAUUAUGAGGAGGCAAAUUCACAACACUGAAUCUGUAAACAAUGAGGAUCAACUAUAUAUGCACACUUGCAGGAAACAUGAGUAUGUUGACUCAAACCCAGCACAAUAAAAUACAGAUGCAUUUGAUUACAUAUAAAUAAGAAACCUGGAGCCAGUGAGAUGUUUCUGUGGGUAAGGCCUCUGCCACCCAAUGAUGUAAAGCCUAACCA